GUCGGUGGACUUGCGGGCAUGGGCAGUGCCUUCUCCACGAGCGCCGCACCAGCUGCUGGCGAGCCGGAUCCGGACGAAGGCAUUGAGAAGCUCGCUCGGAUGCUAGCCGGGGGCAGGUCGAUGACUGUCUUUACAGGUGCAGGCUGCUCAGUCGAGCCACCCUCAUCCAUCCCCGACUUUCGCUCACCGGGCGGCCUCUGGUCUCGAUACGACCCGGCGGUGUACUGCGAGUACAACACUUUUGUCGGCCAGCCACAUCUCUUCUGGGAGAUGGCGACGGAGUUGACGCGUGACAUCCACGCCAUCAACGGAGGCACGCAGGAAGAGCUGCUCGAGACGGGCACCGUCCGGCACGCGCGGCCGAACGCGGCGCACGUCGCCAUCGCCGAUCUGGAGAGGCUGGGCUGCGUGACCGCCUGCAUCACGCAAAACAUUGACGGGCUGCAUGGGAAGGCUUGCUUCUUUCCUCCCCCUUUCCCCCUCUCUCUCCAUGUCUCACGCACCCGCUGUGCCGGCUGUGGCCAAUCUGUGCCCGCUAUGGCCCAUCAGGCGGGC